GGAAAAGCAAUCUAAAACAUGGCGUAGAGCUUGACCGAAGAAGAACAGGGACUGGUAGCAAGGGGAUGCAUUUUGAGGUGUUUUUGUUUUUUUAGUUUGUUUACCAUUGCUUAGUCGCAUUUUAUUGAUAAACUCAAAGAAUUGGUGAUUUGGGACCACCAUGGCUGAUACGGAAACUAGCGACGGAUGCGAACAUCUGACCACCAAUCAAGUGACUCCUGUGCAGGUAACCGAGGGGACAGAUGGAGAGGCUGUGGAGGCCGUUUCAGAAGCAGCAACAUCGGUGGACGCUGGAGAAACGGAACACGUUCAUGAAUCUUCCCAUGAACUUUCCAAAGAGAGGGAAGAGGAUAAUGAUGCUGCUGCUGCUGCUGACAAAGAUAUGGAAAGUGAAGAAGCAGAACUUAAAGAAACUGAGACCGAGGUGAUCCACUCUGUUGGUUCUACAUCUCCAUCACAAGCUUUUUCUGCAGAGGAGACAGAGGAGACCGUUACGGUUAAUCAUGGUGAGCCAGGUAGCACCACAGAGCCCCAAAAAGAGGCUCCUGAGGUGAAAUCUGACGAGGGUCUUGAGGUGAUAUCUGAUGAAGGGGUUGAGUCAAAGGCAGAAGAUCUUGCAGUGAAAGAUGAGAGCCUAGAGGAAAGCCCUGCAGUAGCAGAUGUCAGUGAGGAUACAUGCAUGGACGCAGCUCCUGAUCAUGAGGAGGAGAACGAAAUAAAAAACACUGAUGAAAACAUGGACACAAGGAAUGACACUAAGGAGGAAGUCUGCACAGAGCAGGAGUCAUCCAUCGGCUGUAAACCAAAGGUUUUGACAGCGGGCGAUGAACUCGAUGAGAUGAUGGACAUCGGUACAGUGGAUCAGGUGGAGCAGGAAGCUCAGAUGAAAGAGGAGGAACAGAACAGCUUGAAGGAUAUGGAAAGCAGCCGCUCACCUGACGCUUCAAAUACAGCCUCAGUGGCGGAGGACAGUAACUCUGUUACAGAGGAAGCUGAUGUGAAACCCACAACUUCAGACUUGAUGCAGUCCAGCUCGUCUCCAUCGUCUGAGGCCACAGGAAGUACAGGAAGAGACAGCUCAUCACCAGCGAUGAUGUUGAACGGCAUGAAAGUCGUCAAGCUUUCUAUACCGAGAUUAGAUGUUGAGAGGCUGCGCACUGCAACCCAAAGUGUCAAGUUGUCUCCUUCACCUCCGUUGGUCACUGUGAAGGACGAGCCGGUGGAUGAGGAAUAUGAACAAGCUCUAAUGUCCAGUUCCUCUACAGCAAGUGUGAAAGAUGAGCCUAAUACUGCAAGGGAGGACCUGAGGAUCGGAUCCGUGUAUUCUGAGAGUUCUGAAACGCAGACGCUGCCCAUCGUCAGCCCGCCGUCUUCGCACAUGUUCUGCGCUCACUGUAAGAAGAACCUGAUGAAGGGACAGACGGCUUUCCAGAGGAAGGGCUCUCCAGCGCUCUUCUGCUCCACCACCUGCCUCUCAUUGUCUCAGGUCAAGGGAGUCACUAAAAUCUGCCACAACUGCCAAAAGUUGAUAAUUCGGCCUCAAGACGUCAUCCUGGCUCCGGAUCUCAAAGGACUCAUGAAAGAGUUCUGUGGCCAGAUCUGCCUGACGUCCUUCAACUACAAGAAAACUGUCUCCAACUUCAGGAAAACUGCUGUUGCUGUGAAAGCUCUACAGACUGUACCACAGUCACUCUGCAGCAUGUGCACCAGAUACUGUGUCAGCAAACACGAGGUGAUCCUGAGCGGUGCUGUCCACAAGAUGUGCAGUGACGCCUGCUUUAACCGCUUCCGUACAGUAAAUAACCUUGCGAUGGCGGGCUGCGCCAACUGUGGCUCGUACUGCCACAGCAAACCACUCAUGCUGAAGCUGGAAGAGGGCAGCAAAACCGUGUGCAACCUGGAUUGUUUGGGGAAAUACAAAGAGAAAAGCAAGAUAACCAAGAUGACCCAGCCGUGCACAAUGUGUCGCACCGCCCGCCUUCUGGCAGAAAUGGUGGACAGCAAAAACAGUGAUGACUCUGUGGAUCUUUUCUGCAGCAGCAGCUGUGUGAUGGCGUACAAAGUCCAGACUGUUAGUUCUUCAGGUGCUCGGAUAAACUGUGAUAACUGUGGCAAAAACAGUGUGCCGUCCUACCACCUGGCCAUGUCAGAUACCUCCAUCAGGAAUUUCUGCACUCUCCCGUGUGUCAUGGCUUUUCAGGAAAAAUUUAAGCAGUCGCAGAAGCAGGUGAAUGUUUUUACGAAGCUGCCCGUGGGAUCGUCCCAAAUUCAGCCCGUUAGUACAACGCCACCGCAACAGGAGGCGAAAGGGUCCCAGAAACUGAACUGCUUCCAGUGCUCCCGCAUCAUCACUUUCAAACCUGAGCUCAUCCAGAUUAAGGACAAGAUGGUUUUUCUGUGCAGCGCGGACUGUUCUCACGAGUUUAAGAAAGCCAACAACGUGACGAGUGUGUGCGAGUACUGUAUGAUCGAAAAGAUCACCAGAGACGUGAAGAGAGUCAACAACAAAGACUGUUACUUCUGCAGCGACGGCUGUAAGCUCCUGUUCAGACACGACUUGAGUAAAAACUGGGGGAAACACUGUCACUCCUGUGUUUACUGCCACUCCGUCUCAAAGAAGCUGGUGACGGCACAGUACGGAGGCUCGACGGAGGAGUUCUGCUCGGAGGAGUGCAGGUCCAAGUACACCAUGCUCUUCUGCCACGUUGCAAAGUGCGACACCUGCGGGCAGAAAGGGAAGCUAAAGCAGAGCCUUCCCAUGCUCGGGGAAGUCAAACACUUCUGCGACCUCAGCUGUCUGCUGCAGUUCUGCUGUGAGAAAGUGGCCACGCAGGGUGAAGUCGUGAAAGCCAGCACAGGAGAGGCCACACCUGUGAUCGCCAACGUCAUCUCGCUCGCUGGCACCCCAAAAGGAAAACCUAACACUUCUGAUAGAAGUGCCCAACAAAGCACAGCAUCAAACUCUCAGUCAAAGACCUCCGGACAUAUCAGCAUUCAGACAGAAACGGUAAAGACUCAUCCUCCUCCUCCAACUAAAAUCCUGAAGAACAAGGCUCUGCUCUGUAGACCGCUGUGCAGAACAAAGACUAAAAAGUCACUGAGCAAGAAAAAAACAAGAGCUCUGUCAGCACCCCGCUACCUACUCAUGAUUUUACAGACAAGACUAAAUGUAAAGUAUUUGUUUGUCUUUGCACAUUGUGCAUGUUUCCUCUUUAAACAUAUUUACUGGAGGAGCGAACUCUGCACCAUGUUCUUAUCUAAUCACACCUACUGUUCCGUUUUUUUUCUCUCUGUAGAUGAUAUCUUCCCAAAAAUGGUGAUCCUGCCUGUUCCUGUGCCGGUGUACCUUCCUGUACCCAUGAACAUGUACAGCCAGUGCACUCCCAAGCCUGUUGGCCUGCCGUUACCUCUUCCUGUGCCAAUGUUUCUUCCUGUGACGAUGGACAGUGCUGAGCGCAUCGUGGAGACCAUCCAGGAGAUCAAACAGAAGAUCCCGUCCGAUCCGUACGAGGCAGAACUCAUCCUCAUGGCGGAGAUGGUGGCCGAAGACGACGAGAACAACGACAAACCAGAGACGCACAAAGAGGAAAAAGUGGUGAAGAAAGCGGCUGAAAAGCAAGAAGCACCCGUCACAGAUGACCAUGUCAGUAACUACAGUGAUGACUUGGACACCGACGAGCUGGCCACUUUCCUCAACAGCUGGGAGGAUGCCUCCUCGGACGCGGGGCCCUUUUCGCCAAGUAAAAGCUACGCCAACGAGAAGCUCAACUCAGUUUUAGAUGUAUCAGUGGGCAUGCCCAGUGAGCCUGAGCCCGCAUCACCUCCUGGCCCGCCUCCCAUGGACAUCGAAGCUGACUUCACUGUUGAAACUCUGGAAAGGAUGGCCCGACAAAGAGAGCAGUGCAACAAGUCCCCAAGCCCCCCGCCUGCUGCUCCAAUACGACGACAAGCUCACAGGAAAGCCAGAGAGAAGAGGGGUCGUAAGCCACAGCGUCAGUCUAAAGCUGCUGAAACGUCUUCGGCAAAUAGUACUUCCAAAAAGCCCGUUGAUGUAGAAAUCCCCAAACUGAAGAGUGAAUAUGGAGUAGAUGCCUGGAAGCGAUGGAUCCAGUGGAGGCAAACUCAGCCCAACCUGGAGAAUCCACGCUUUGGCUCGCGUCCUCUGGAGCUGAAGGAGGAUCUUCUUCGCUGCACCACCGCUGAGCUCAGCUACGGCCUCUGUUGCUUUAUCGCUGAGGUGAAACGACCAAACGGAGAGCCGUACUCGCCCGACACCAUGUUUUACCUCUGCCUCGGCAUCCAACAGUAUCUGUUUCAAAACGGUCGUGUGGAGAACAUUUUCAUGGAUCGCUUCUAUAACAAGUUCUCCACUGAGUUCACCAACUUGCUGCGAGGUUUCAAACCUUCAAUCACACCCAGCGGUUAUAUCCACUCCCGUGUGGAGGAGGAGUUUCUGUGGGACUGUAAACAGCUGGGGGCGUACUCCCCCAUCGUCCUCCUCAACACUCUGCUCUUCUUCUGCUGCAAGUACUUUGGCUUCACCAAGGUGGAGCAGCACCGUCAGCUGUCCUUUGCACAUGUCAUGCGCUGCACAAAAACCAAUCCAAACAACACCAAGACCACAUUCCUGCGCUUCUACCCGCCGCUGUCUGGAACCGAGGCGGAGUCAGAUGCAGAGGGUGGCCCAGCGAAGAAGAGGAAGGAGGAGGAGAGUAAAGAGGAAAUCCUGGAGAUGAUGGAGAACACGGAGAACCCUCUUCGCUGUCCCGUGAGACUUUACGAGUUCUACCUCUCAAAGUGCUCGGAGUCGGUUAAGCAGCGCACCAACAUGUUCUACCUGCACCCCGAGCGCUGCUGUGUCCCCAACAGCCCGCUGUGGUUCUCCUCCACCGCUCUGGAUGACACCACCAUGGAGGCCAUGCUCAUCCGCAUCCUCACCGUCAGAGAGCUGCAUCUCGAUACAAAGCAGCAGACGAGCGAUGACCCGCCAUUUAUACCGGAGGAGGAGGAUUCAGAGUGAACGUGAAGUGACCUUUUACCGGAGUUGCAGCUAGUGAUGUAAAUGUUUGGAUAUUAACGAAAAUGUUCGCUGAACAUAAACGGACAGGAAAAAAACCCCAUUCACAUUCAUAACUGCAGCGUGAAACUGCAAAGAGUCAUAUUUCAAACGCACGUUUGGGCAGAACCUCCGAUUCACGGCGCUUAUGUAGAGGUGAGGCUGAGAUGCUGGACUCAGCUCAGCAUUAAAGACUGUUUACUGCUCAGCAGGGCACGCAGCUGCCCUCCUGUGUUUAUGUGGUUGUGUCUUAUGGAAAAUACUACUUUUAUCUCCUUCCAUGCGUUAUGAUUCCUGACCUUCCUGUGCACACUGGACUUCCAAGUUUUUCUAAAGCUAGCCCUUCAUCUCAGAGUGAUGGAGGUCCUGAGUAGAAAGCUGCGUAUUGUUAGUUUCACUACAUUCACACCUCAGAGGCCAAAAUGAACACGUCUGUGUUUGCAGUAGUUAGAAUAUUUCCUGGGUCAGUACUUUGCAACAAUUCUUGAGGUGUGCAAAUCUCACUUUGAGAAAUCACAGUUUUAACAUCUGACUGGAGAUUUUACCUGAAUCAUGAUUUGAUUGAUUUUUCUUCCAGAUUCCUGUUUAAGUUGUAAUGCUAAACGUUGAAAAUGUACACAAUUCACACUGUGUUUUGUGGUUAACAGAUAAUCCUCAGAUACUUUAAAGGAUCUUAUCAAUCUUUAAAAAAAUUACUCGAACAAUGUAAAAAUCAUCAUUGGUGCCUGAUUGAAGGGAUUAAAGAUUUUGGAAGUGAUUCAAUUACAUUUUAAGAAAUUAGAGAUUUGAAUGUUAUGUAGCUGCUAUCCCUCAUUAUGACUUUCAAGUAAUCUGAGGAAAGAGAAAAGCCUACAACUCUAAAGUUUUAAGCUCAUUUUGGGAUUCUGUUUCAUACUAAACAGACCUUAAAGCAGUGAGUUUUUGCAUAAUGAGCUCUGGUAUUAUAUGAAAGCAAAUAAAGCUGUCCGUUUGUGUAUGUCUCGAUUAUUUUAACCCCCUUAGAGUGUGGCUGCCAAGGUUCUCUUGAGUGUUUUCUAUUAUAUGUUCAUUUUGAAUAAAAAAACUCUUCAAAACA